CUGAAAUGACGCCAUUGCUGGACGGAAAUAUUCUCCUGAGGGACUUUGAACGCCGCAAUUGUUUUGUUAUUGUUUUUCCUAAAACAGCCAUGUCUGGAAGCUGGUAACACGCUAAGACGAUGUGUAGGGCACAGUACGCUACACCGUGUGUCGGUCUCAUGCUGGCUGCUGUGUUGACUUUAGUCGCACGGUGCCAUGGUCUACUGUGCUACGAAUGCUCGGAAACAUUUGAUAAGACCUGGGAACCCAGGACUUGUCAGAUCAAUUCCAGCGCAGUGCCUAGCCGGAUCUGCAACCAAGAGCAGCCGUUUUGCUAUGUCAAGAGAGUGACAGUGAAGGGCUACGUCCAGAGCAUCGACAGGAACUGUAUCGACCAGUGCCCCUAUGGCUGUCAGCUUACAGAGAUGGGCAUCACCUUUCUGACGUGCACUUCCUGCUGCGCGGAGGAUCUGUGUAACAUAGGAAACGGUGGAGGCAACUUCCGGCUGUGUGCCUCAGCUCUUGUCGUCUGCUUGUUCUUGAGUUUUCUGACCCAGGGAUUGUAGACCGUCGGGGUGGU